UCUCUCUCUCUCUCUCUCUCUCUCUCUCUCAGUUUGCUCCCUUCUGUCGAGGUCUAAAUCCCGACCCUCUCAUUCUCUCUCUUCUCUCUCUCUCUCUCUCGAAAAAAAAGAAAAGUUUUCAAAUUCGGUUUUUUCAGCUAACGUUUUCCUUUGCAGACUCUCUGUAUCUCUCUCUCCCAAAACCCCCAAAACCCUAACCCUAAUUCAACCUAUUCACACUUACGCACAGCAGAAAGAUGGGCGAAACAAGGGAAGAUGUCUACGACGAAGAGCUCGUCGAUUACGAAGAGGAUGACGAGAAGGCCCCUGACUCCGCAGCUAAAGUCAAUGGCGAAUCCGCCAAGAAGGGAUAUGUUGGAAUUCACAGCUCAGGAUUCAGAGAUUUCCUCUUGAAGCCGGAGCUUCUACGUGCUAUUGUGGACUCGGGAUUUGAGCAUCCCUCUGAAGUACAACAUGAAUGCAUCCCACAAGCUAUUCUGGGAAUGGAUGUUAUCUGCCAAGCUAAAUCUGGGAUGGGGAAAACGGCUGUAUUUGUCCUAUCUACUUUGCAGCAGAUUGACCCUGUCGCGGGCCAAGUUUCUGCACUUAUUCUUUGCCAUACUCGAGAAUUAGCUUACCAGAUUUGCCAUGAGUUUGAGAGAUUCAGUACCUACUUGCCAGAUCUUAAGGUUGCUGUCUUCUAUGGUGGUGUCACUAUCAAAAAUCACAAAGAUUUACUUAAAAAUGAAUGCCCCCACAUUGUUGUUGGAACUCCUGGAAGAAUACUAGCACUUGCAAGAGAUAAAGACCUCUCUUUGAAGAAUGUGAGGCAUUUUAUCCUCGAUGAAUGUGACAAGAUGCUUGAGUCACUUGACAUGAGGAGAGAUGUGCAAGAGAUUUUCAAGAUGACGCCCCAUGAUAAGCAAGUAAUGAUGUUCUCUGCAACACUCAGCAAAGAUAUCCGACCGGUUUGCAAGAAAUUUAUGCAAGAUCCUAUGGAAAUAUAUGUUGAUGACGAAGCCAAGUUGACUCUUCAUGGUCUAGUACAGCACUACAUCAAGCUAACCGAGGCAGAGAAAAAUCGCAAGCUGAAUGAUCUCCUUGAUGCACUGGACUUCAACCAGGUUGUCAUCUUCGUCAAAAGUGUGAGCAGAGCUGCAGAGUUGAACAAGUUACUCUCAGAGUGUAAUUUUCCCUCUAUAUGCAUCCAUUCUGGAAUGAACCAAGAAGAAAGGUUGAAGCGCUACAAAGGAUUCAAGGAGGGUCAGAACAGGAUUCUCGUGGCCACCGAUUUGGUUGGUAGAGGAAUUGAUAUUGAACGUGUCAAUAUUGUUAUCAAUUAUGACAUGCCAGACUCUGCGGACACCUACUUGCACAGGGUUGGCAGAGCUGGUAGGUUUGGCACCAAAGGGCUGGCAAUUACAUUUGUAUCAUCUGCUUCGGACUCUCAAGUCCUUAAUGAUGUUCAGGAGAGGUUUGAGGUUGACAUAAAGGAGCUUCCUGAACAGAUUGAUACUGCCACAUACAUGCCAUCUUGAAUGAAGUUUCUGUCUCAGCAAAAUUGCUUCAUGUGUUUAAAAUGUGGAGGCAGCUGCAGCAAAUUAUGUUUACCUGAGACGAGUUUAAACUAUUUGAUUUAAGAUGUUGAAUGCCCUCCACAGAAGUAGGCAGACAUUACCAUAUUGUGGCUCCUACCUUAUUAUGGCUUUUGAGAUGUAGCUGUGUUCAAAUUUUUUAGAAUUCAUUUUCUGUGUUAUGUAACAUUAACUAGUUGUGCUUUUGCACGGUUGUGAUAAAACAAAAUGGAUUUUCCUUGUUUGAUAUGCUU